AUGCCCACCUCACAAUUCCCUUUAAAUAACAGCACACUCCUCCUCCUUCAAACUCACUCAUCAACCAAAUUACUUAACCCUAGCUAGCUAUGGCUUCCACCAAGAAUCUCUCAGCCUCCAUUUUCAUUCUCUCAAUCCUCAUUCUGUCAACUCUCUCCGACGCUUGUGGCGUUUGCGAGCCUAAAAAACCUACAAAACCGAAGCCGAAGCCUUCGAAAGAAACCUGCCCUAUCGAUACGCUCAAACUCGGUGUUUGCGCAGAUGUUCUGGGACUUGUUAACGUUGUUGUCGGAAGUCCGCCGUCCGGAAGCAAAUGCUGUGCUCUUAUUCAAGGGUUGGCUGAUGCUGAAGUUGGUUUGUGUCUGUGUACUGCCAUUAAAGCUAAUGUUCUUGGAAUUAACUUGAAUGUGCCUGUUUCACUUGGCUUGCUUGUUAGUGCAUGUGAAAAGACCCUUCCCCCUGGUUUUACAUGUCCUUCUUAAGUACAUUGGGGGACAGAUCUGUCAUUUUCUUUGUGUUUCUCUGUGUCAAAAGCAAAAAUGUUUCUUGGUGUUUGUUGUAGCUAAUUAAUGGAUUCGGGUCAAUUGGUGGGUUUGUAUUGGGUUUUCUUGCUUUAGAAGUUUGUGUUUUUUUGCGUUUUGUAACUCUUGUUGCUAAUUAAAUUCAGAUGUGUGAUAUGUUUAAAUAACUUGGCAAGAUUUGUUUGCCUUUGUUAGUUUUUAAUUUGUGUAUUAUUUUCAUGAUUAAUGUAAGUUGUUAAUCAUGAUUGGUUA